AUGGUUUAUCAAACAGAGGCAGCCAAAUGGAAGGCUUAUCAAUUCAGUGACCCCUUUGCUGCAGGUUCAUUCUUUGUUUGUAACAAACUCAAUCGUUUCUUUUGUCGUCCAGAUUGUGAUGUUAGACCUAGAACCAAUUUGAAAUCAGAAAUCAAAUUCACCACAAGUGCCAAAGAAGCAGUUGAAUACGGAUUUAUACCUUGUGAAUCUUGUGAUCCAAUGAAUAGUACUGCCAUUGACAUUGGUUUACUUAUCAAGUGUGUCUCAUCUGUUAAUACAAAGAUUGGAUUUAUGCCACCGCUUUUGGAUGAAAAUGAGGACAUAAAUUCGAAAAAGAUUAAGGAAAACAUUUUGGAAUCCAAGAGAGCCAAUGAGGUACAAAUAUUAAAGACAAUUGGUGGUGGUGGCGAUCAUGUUGGUGGUCGUCGUGCUUCAAUGUCUGCGGCUUCUACAUUGCAUCAUGGUAAAGAAUUAAAGGAUGCUGAAAAUGCAGGACUUUCAAAGAAUGAUUCUGACCACUAUAGACUAGUGGAUUUGGCAUGUCGUCAUUUGGCUCUUGCGGCUGCUGUUAAUGUAUUUCAACCAAAACCACUUGCACCCACUCCGGAGGAAAGCAAUUUAUCCACAGCAAACGGCUCCAGUGGCUCUAGUAGUGGUUCCAGAAAGAGAAGAAGAAGAGGUGGUGUGCUUGGCUUUAAAGAAUUGGCAGCCAAAUCUAAAUUGAGUGCAUGGCAUUUUCACAGAGUUUUCAAAUCAGUCACUGGAUUGACUCCGAAGACUUAUGGUGACAAAUGCUGGGAAUUUGUCAAAAAGGUUAAAGAAAGUGGAGAGUAUACUUCAUUUGAGGCUUACAACUCACCCCAAUCACAAUCCCCAAAAUCUACAACACCAAAUUCACCAAUGUAUAUGUCUAUGAAAGAAGCUAAACCACCGGCAAGCAAGAAAGUAAAGUUGGAACCACCAUCAUCGCCAGCAUUGUUUACUACUCAAUCAAUUGCUGACGAAAAGAAGUUGGCUACCCAAUCAAUCACCCCACCGCAUUCUGCUGCUUCAAUGACGGGUCAUUUCCCACAUUCACAUCAAAUUCAACCAUUGACCCCACCAAAUCAAUAUACAUCUCCAUCAAUAAGUCAAAUGAAUACAGUGCAAUCAGUGAUACCCGACUCUUUCUACCCAGGACAUCAUCAUCAACCAUCACUUGACGAACAGUUGCAAGCAUUGCCUAAUUUAGACUUUGAUUUGUACGAAGGAGAAGAUCUACAACAACAAGAACAACAAGCAUUACACAUGAAGGCAUUCUCAUUCCCUGACUUGUCCAAAUUCCGUACCAUUUCAUUGUUCCAGAACAAUAACAACCAGCAUCACAAUUCGGCCAAUCCAUCAUUAUUCCAGUCAAAUAAUAACAAUACAACUUUACCAAACAACACCCUACAUUUAGGCUUUGAUGAAGACGCUGGACCAAUGGAUCCAGUGGAUCCAGUUGAUUCAAUUGGACAAGUUGAUUUUAGUGACUACAUCAACAACACAAGCCAGGUCAAUAACAACAACUACAUCAACCAACUACAACCACCGUUGUCAACAUCAUCUGCCUCGUCCACUUCUUCAUCAUCAACACAUGCACCAAGCCAAAGUAUUGACUCUAUAGCAUUACCACAAGAUGAAGAAUUUGAUUUUACUGAUGCUUUUACUCAAGACGUAUUCACACAACCUACAUCUGCUGUUGACUCUACGUUUUCUCCAUUUGAUACCACCGGUGUUGUUGCAGGAACAGGGGCAAACUUUAAUGAUGAGUUGGAUUUCACCAUGAAUCCACAAUUGGUUUCAACUAUAAUAGAUUAA